AUGGUUAUGGUAGAUAGACUUAAUUGUCGUAUUCAAUAUGUCAAUGAUUCGGAUCCAUUUGCGACAACAUCAUGCUCACACCUGGAGCCAAAUCGUCCUAUAAUGUACAACUUUUUGCUUCAUCAACCAAUUGGUGAACAAUUGCCUGAAGUUAUUCGUAUACUUCAUGCGCCACAUAAGCCAAAUAACGCGGCAUUACAAAUAUACAAGUAUGAGGGUAGCGUUGGUGAUUAUGGUUCAUAUUUGGAUUCCGAAAUGUCACUUAUGGAACAGGAAGACGAACUGGAAAUUCUUAAAGCUGAUCCGUAA